AUGGAACCCACGUCCCCCGCACUGGCAGACGGACACACACCCACCGUGCCACCAGAGACGCCCGAUGCCUGCGUGUUUGGGUUUCCUUCCGAUUCAGGUCAGCAGAGAGCCCCGACUGCAGCUCCCCGUGCUCUGCGGGAGGUUCCCGUUAGUUACCUGUCUAUCCGUACUGUCAGCAGUGCGUGUACUGACGCAGAACGGCUCCCUGGGCCCCUGCUCUCUUUACGCCCCGAGAGCAGAAACCUAAAGAUGCUGCUGGCUCACGCAGGGGGCUCCUGGCCGACCCAGAGCGAGCCGGGCAGGUUUCCGGUCCAGAAGUGUCUGGGAUGCGCGCAGAGGAAAUGCCGCGGCGGCCACAGCACCCACAGGCUGCUCGCGCCCUGGUGGUCCUCGCCGGUGCGGUCACGGCUCGCGGCCAGACGCCCGCGGCCCUUACGCGCAGGUCCUGCCAACCACAGACGCUUUCAAACAGGGCCCGUGAAAGGGCGCUUCAGCUCCAGCCCCCCUCCGACCGACAUCCUGGGAGACACGGUCCGCAAGGAAAAUAUUUUCUUAAAGUGA